AUGAACCACCUACUUUCGAAUAACAACACUUUCCACCAAAAUGAAUAUAGAAUGGAGGCAUGCCAUGAAAAUAUCUCUUGUGGAUUAUUCAGUACAAAUUCUAAUGUUGUCAAUGAUGUUGUUAAUCUAACAAAAGUGGAAAGUGGAAUGUUUAGUGAAUGGAGAUUUGCAUUGAACAUAAUUAUUAUCUCUCUCCAAAUCCUAUCUAGCAUUCUAAUAUUUUGUGGUAAUUCACUAGUUAUUUCAGCUGUUGCAACGACUAAGGGAUUGAGACGUAUAACUGACCUCUACAUUGUAUCACUUGCUUUGGCUGAUCUACUUGUCGCAGUCCUAAUUCUACCUCUUUCCAUUAUGCGUCAAGUUUACGGUCAUUGGCCUUAUGAAUCACAUGAAUUAUGCAUAUACUGGCUCUCUCUUAACGUGUUCUUGUGUUCAUCUUCGAUAUUGAACUUAUGCUGUAUCUCUGUGGAUCGAUAUAUUGCAAUCAAUUAUCCGAUGAAAUAUAUCAGUAAGCGAACACGUCGUACUGCAUUUGCAAUGAUUGGAGGUGCUUGGAUGGCAUCGUUCCUAGCAAUGAUCCCACCUAUAUUUGGCUCCCAGCACCACACGGGAGUAGGACGUUGUUACAUAAGAAGUGAUGCAGGAUACAGAUUUCUCACAGGAAUCCCGAUACUCAUCAUACCAAUUUUGUUAGUCGGUUUCAUUUACAUUCGUAUAUUUUGGGUGAUUCGACGUCGUUCAAAGGAAUUAGAAUUUGGUCAGUUUUCAUCUAAUCCGAAAGAACAUAGAUUUGGAUCAUUUAAAUUGCUUUUCAUUCCGAAUAAUAUUUAUAACUAUAGUUUUGGACGUAAAAUGAACUGUUUCAGUUCACGUAACUCUAAUCAGCGUCAAUUGUUUGUGUCGAAUUAUACACAAUCUAAUUUAUAUAUUGCAUAUAUGCCGAGUAAGAGACGUAAAACUGCUAAAGAAUAUGCUGAAAAUCAGUCUCACGUUCAAAGUUCGUCCAGUUUAUUCUCUAAUAAGCAUCCCGAACAAAUAGAACGAGAGUGCUCAGAAACUUCUAGUAAAGACACACAAUAUAUACAGAUGUCUCCAAUAUCAAUGUUGCAUACAUCGACCAAAUCUGAUCCAGAUGAUUCUUCUACAUUUUCGAUUCACAAUAGCAUUCAGAAUACAGAAAUCUAUACUUUGCAAACUACAGAUACCACCAAUAAAACAGUCGACGCUUCUAUGAACGAUCGGCAGGACGAUCAACAACAUAAACACGAACACAGAUUAAACAGUCAGAAUGAACGAAUAGUGAAUCCAAGCCGAAGUAUUCUAACACACGCAAUAGCAUGAUUUACCAACGACGCAAACGCCUUGUAUACAAGAGUGAAAAGAAAACAGUGAAAACAGUAGCAUUAGUGGUAUGUUGUUUCAUUUUAUGCUGGCUUCCAUUUACCACUUUAUAUUUAAUGGAAGGAGCAUGUGAAUGUCUAUUGUCAGAAACAAUUUACAUGGCUACUGGUUGGGUAGCAUACUUGAAUAGUAUGUGUAAUCCAAUUAUAUACGCAUUUUGUAAUAAAGAAUAUGCAAAAGCAUUUAAACGUUUGUUACAUAUUGGAAGUAAUAAUUGA